UUGGUAGAGAGGAAAUAGCGGAACCAAAGGCGGGGCCGGAGGCGGCUCUGGGGGCGGGGCUGGGCCGGGCCGCAGCGGAGCAGCGCCAUGGCUCCAGCGCUGGGGCUGGGGGUCCUCUGGGGGCUCCUGGGGCUCCUGUGGGACCCGGGGGGCGCAGACAAAGUUCUCCACUCCCUGCGUUACCUGGCUGUGGCGGUGUCGGAGCCCAGCCCAGGGGUCCCCCAGUUCUUGGCCACCGGGUACCUGGAUGGGAUCCCCUUCACGCGCUACGACAGCGAGCGGGGCCGGGCGGAGCCGCUGACGCAGUGGAUGAAGGACGGAGUCAAGCCGGAGGAUUGGGAGAGGGGGACCCAGAUUGCUGUGGGGACCCAGCAAGUGUUUGCCAGGGGCCUGGAGACACUGCGGGAGCGGUACAACCAGAGCAGGGGUCUCCACACAUGGUUGCGAGUUUCCAGCUGUGAGCUCCUGUCCGAUGGGAGUGUCCGUGGAUACUACCGGGUCGGCUACGACGGGCGGGAUUUCAUCUCCUUUGACCUGGGAUCCGAGAGAUUCGUGCCGGCCGACAGCGCUGCUGAGAUCACCAGGAGGCGCUGGGAAAAGGAAGAGGUGGCUGAGGGGUUCACGAACUACCUGAAGCACGAAUGCCCGGAAUCGCUCCGGAAAUACGUGGAAUAUAGGGAGAAGGAGCUGGAGCGCAGAGAGCCCCCUGAUGUCCAUGUAUCUGGAAAAGAGGAACACGGGACGCUGAUCCUGUCCUGCCACGUGUACGGAUUCUACCCCAAAACCAUUGCAGUCAGCUGGAUGAAGGGGGAUGAAACCUUGGAUCAGGAGACGGAGCGGGGCGGGAUCGUUCCCAACAGCGACGGCACCUUCCACACCUGGGCCAGGAUCGAGGCGCUGCCGGAGGAGCGGGAGCAGUACCGGUGCAGGGUGGAGCAUCCCGGAAUGCCAGAGCCCGGGAUCUUCGCUUGGGAGCCGACAUCUGGCAGGAAUCUCACCGUGGUGAUCGCUGUGUCCAUCAUCACUGCCAUCCUCAUCCUCAUCCUCAUCCUCAUCGGAUUCGGCAUCUGGAAGCUCCAGUCUGGGAGGAGGGAUGGGAAUGGAUAUAACCCGGCAGCUGGAAAAGAUGUGGGAACCAACGGCUUGAGCACAGACAGUUACAAUGCAAGUUGACCUAAUUGGUCCUUCAAUCAAAACCCACCACCAUUGGCUAAUUAAGAAACCACCCUUUGGUAAAUAAAUGUCCAUAACACAUU